CCAAGAUUAAAGCUCACGCGGUCUAAUGCGGGUCGUAUGAUCGACAAAGAAAACCGGACAACGCUAUGAUGGAGAAGUGUUUCUUCUUUGUUGUUGCCUUUCUGAUUCAUGGAUUUGUCGACGACGGAGUGGUUUUUGGGCUAGACAAUGGCUUAGGAAGUCUUAGUUUUGCUUCGUGGAGCACGUAGCUGGCAAUUUGAUUGAUCUUCAGUUAACAGAAAGAGAAAGUGGCGGUCGGGAAAUGUCACUUUUAAUUUUUCCAUUUUCUCUUAAUCGAACAGUGGGCUGGAUGGACUGGGAAAGGUUCAGAUGCAACGUAAAUUGCAUCAAAUAUCCCAACGACUGCAUAAGGUGAGCAAUGCGUUAUAGAUAAACCUUCAUCAAAUCUAUUUUAGAUGUGUCAUUCCACAAGUUGCAAGUAACUCAGGGGUUUAUUACAACAGUUAGUAAUCAGCAGAGGUUGACUCAGACUCACACAUACACGUACAGUGUCGACAUUGGCUUUUCCGGGGGGAAGGGUUGAUCCUCACAACACCCCCGGGACACCCGGGGGUUUGGGAGGGGAUUCGUAGAGUUUGGAGAAAUAAUUUUCUUUAUGGGGUAGAGGCAGUCUUCGGUGUAUUCCAUAUUUUGUCCCACCAUUUCUUGCUUGAAUAGAACUUUCCACAUUUUUUUCCAACUUUGGCAUGGACAAAUAUUAGGGUAAAACCAUUGACUGCACUGGAAAGAGCACCUUUAAAUUAGUAAACUUGCCAAGUUUGAAAGCGAUUUGUUGAAAUCUAAUGAAGAUAUAGCUCUUCAAAGUCGCGAAAUUUUAAAGACAUUUGUACGGUGGGGGCACAAACUUGCCUCCCACCAUACAAAUGUCUGUAAAUUUUUGCCACUUUGUGGAGCUACCAUAAAAUUCCGAAAAUAAGCCCCUCCAUGUAUGAGUCCCUCCAAAUAAAAGCCCCCAAAAUCAUAAUGCAAAAAACCCUCUGCUAAAUCGCCCCUCCAAAUAUAAGCCCCCGCGGGGGGGCUUGUACUUGGAAUUUGCCCUCGAAUACAAAGUAAAACAAAGCAAAAAUGGUAAAUUUCCUUCCCACUACAAGCUAGUAGCCCAAUCGAUUUUGAAACACAAAUUUCCCCCCUUUGAUAAGCCCCUCCGAAUAUAAGCCCCUCAAAAAGGGCGUUUGAAAAAUAUAAGCCCCGGGGCUUAUUUUCGGAAUUUUACGGUACAUCUUCACUCGCUUAAGGUGAUUCCAUAGUAAAAGAACCUAACAUAGAUUGUAGCUAAAACUUGGUACACUGAUGUAACAAGUCAAGAAGAUGAUAAAAAAGUAAUAAAAAGUGGGGGUCACCGUGCUCGUUUUGACGUCACAAUGCUGACAAAUACGGCUAUUUAGGACCCUUUUACAAAAACCGUGGGCAGCCCAAAACUAGACAAAAAGGGAAGAUUUUUUCGAUGAUGCAUGUGGCAUCACACAGAAUUUGACUUUAAUGUAUUGUUAUCCACUUACGUACCAGAAAAAUGCCUUUUAAUCCCUUGUUGUUACUUUACGCUCCAAAGUAGAAUUAAAUUGGAAGCACGCUUUUCGACCCGUGAUGGCUCAAUCCGUACAAUUUAGUAAAAUUGCCAAAAAACUGAACAUAGAUUUGUGCCAAUUUUUUGCUCAUUGAAAGAAAGCACUGUCCUUAUUAAAAUCAUGAAAUAAAAAAUGGGGGUCACCGUACUCGUUUUUGCGGUAGAGCUGCAGAAAGUGCGCACGAAACGCAUUUUCUCCGAUUUUUGAGAGAGGAAUGGGGCGAGUUUCAAAAUAGAAUGUAUGUGAAAGGGGGAGGAAAGUAUUAAAAAAUCCGUUUUUACAGAAUUUACAUCGAGAUAUCACAUUUAGGACACAAUGUGAUAUAGAAAGUGUUUAAAUGAAAAUCAAAGUGAGUAAGCACAAGUUAAACACCCACUAUCGAGAUUCUCCGAGAGGAGGUCGAACUCAGCAACACGCGUACUGCUUACUUUAUGCACAUUCCCAACACACUGAGUCUCACCUCGGCAAGAAACAACAGCAAGCAAAAAUUCCAAUAGCGUUUCUCUUCAGUCAACUUCAUUUUAAUAAUAUUACUUCACAUGCUCUUUUUUACGGCGGCCAUCUUGUUAUGCGCAGUAAGAGAUGCGCAGUGCAAAACUAGGGAAUCACCUUAAGACGUAUCACUUUCAAACUUGGCAAGUUUACUAAUUUUAAGGUUCUCUUUCCAGUGGUGGCGACGUAGUUUCCCUAACUCAUCCGCUAAAAAAGUUGAAAAAACCGUGGAAGGGUCUGUUUGUUCUUAGUAUUUAAACACUUGCUCGCCAGCCUGGGGGCACCAAACCCACUGAAACAUAAAUAUGUAUGCGACAAAUGAAUUAGAAAACAAUAUGGUGAAAGGAAAACAUAAUCAAUAUGUCUCCGGCCUGGUGCCACAAAUGACUUUCCCUACGGGGAGCUUCUAGCCGAUAAACAACCUCGUCCCCAGGGCUUUUCCCUUAAACAAUGGGUGGGGCGGGAAAAGGCCCUGGCAUCGGCUGGUCACAUGUCCCCUCGUACACCUUAAAAUCCUGGGUGUAAUAAAUUAGCGCUAGGUGAAAAGCUAAAAUUAUGCGUAACCUCACAGCGCGCGAUGUUGGGCGGCCUUUUAUAUCUCUUGACGAUUAACGAUACUGGCUAUGGUAUUUUUUUGCUUUUCUCCGAUUUCGAUGAAGGGGACAGCGAGUAACAUUUAUAACAACGUUUAUAGAGCGAUAUAAGUACAUAUAAAUGACAAACAAGCUAUCGUACAUGCGUAAAGUUUGUACUGGAAAAGUCCGUUUUCGCGACUCUUCUGAUAUUUUAUUUCAUUUCUCGCGAAGUGGACCGCCGUACACAGCCUAGUUCUAUUUACCUUAACUCUCACCCAUUUUUUUAAGGGAAAAGCCCUGGGGACGAGGUUGGCCGAUAAAUAACUUACAUAUAUUCUGGCGUCUCUACCCCCAGGGAGAGGAGUUCGACUAAUAGUCGCGGGUCGCGAGUCGCGGGUCCAAAGUCGUGGUCGCGGGUCCAAAGUCGCGGUCGCGGGUCCAAUGUCGCGGUCGCGGGUCCAUUGUCGCGGUCGCGGGUCCAAUGUCGCGGUAGGGGAAAAUGAUUUGGGGUUCGAGGUAACAGCUGAGUGAAAACGACUGAUAUGAACACAAUAAAAAGGGAAAAAUCUUUUUUAUGCACGAUACUCUACGGUAGCCAAUUUACAGGUUACGGAUGUCAGAGUCAACAAAAUAAUGUCUUAAGAAAAGACCUAAAAGAAAAAGCUGGCCGACUUUUGUGUUCACCGCAAGUUUAUUUUGUUUUUCUUUCUAUCGGGCCCAGUUAUGUGUAAAUUCAGCUUUGAAUAUACUUAUGCAUAACAGUAUCUGAUAAGAAAAAUGUUACCAUAAGUUACCAUUGCUUUCUUCUUGUCGAUGAAUUGCUCACAAAUGCUUAGGGGUUCAUUUACUGAAAAAUAUGCGAUACACUUCAUAGACUACAGAUUAUAAACGUUACAACAGCUUAAAGCCUUUUUUUUAAAAAAAGCGAACUCGGGCUCAAAAAGCUACGAGUCUGUCGGUAGAAGAAACGAGAACUCUUAUAUUUAACAAAUGUUUUCGGCAAAACUGAAAGAAAAUGUAAAUAGGCGCAUGAAACUUCAUUCAAACGGUAUUCAAGGCAUGAAUUUAAUAUGGAACAAGUAAUAAUCCACAGAAAGGAGUCUGUUCUUGGAAGCAAGAUUUUCGCUUAAUGCUUUUAUUUUUACAACUGAGACGGCAACCCAGAGUGUUCAAUAUAACUUCUUGUUCUCUUCACCUAAAUGACAACCAGGACAACCUGACAAUAGGAAGCCAUUCAAAGUGCGUCUCGGUCAAAUCUUGAAAACAUGCAUCGUAAAUAACUAAGUGAGUAAGUAGGUAAGGAAAUAAUAACGCCCGAUAUCAUGAAGCUGAAAAAGAAAGUAAACCAGACACUGAAAACGGUAAGUUAUCAACUCCACCAGAGCUAAGAAAAGACAAUAAAUUAGGUAAGUAAUUCCAGAUUCCAGGUACUGGAUUCAAGUCUUUGUCAGUAGAACCAAGAGACUAUGGGCGCGAUCCAUUCAACCAAAAUUCCAACCGGUCCGACCGGGAAAAGUGGUCCACCUCAAAAUGUGGACCCGUUUUUUCGAACAUUUUCCGGUUGGACCGAACUGAUCCAUUGAGUUUUGGACCGAAAUUUCCGGAAAAUUUGGUUGAAUGGAUCGCGCCCUGUGAUCUAUUCUCUCUUGGUAGAACUUGGAUUCCGGAUUUCAAUCGUUAGUGGGAACAAACUCCUAUCUGUGGACAAGAGAGGAUAAAGCUCGUGCUUUAUCCCCUCUUUCUGUGGAUUAUUACCUGUUUCUAUAUUAAAUUCAUGCCUUGAAUACCCACUUGAAUGUACUUUACUGGCACUUCAAGCCCAACGUCUCUCCUCCUCUUUCCAGUUACUUGUGCAAAGAGUUUAUUUUGGGAGUUUGCGACCAGGAAGUUUUUCAACAAGCGUUUUCUUUAUUUUUGCCGAAAACAUUUGUUAAAAUUGAAACAGUUCUCGUUUCUUCUACCGACAGACUCGUAGCUUUUCGAGCCCGAGUUAGCCUUUUUUAAAAAAGUUUUUAAGUUGUUGUAACGUUUAUAAUUUAUAGUCUAUGAAGUGUAUCGCACAUUUUUCAGUGAAUGCACCCCUAAGAAUUUGUGAGCAAUUCAUAGACAAGAAGAAAACAAUGGUAACUCAUGGUAACAUUUUUAUCAGAUACUGUUAUGCAUAAGUACAUUCAAGCUGAAUUUAUACAUAACUGGGCCCGAUAGAAAGAAAACAAAAUGAACUUGCGGUGAACACAAAAGUCGGCCAGCUUUUUCUUUUAGGUCUUUUCUUGAGACAUUAUUUUGUUGCCUCUAACAUCCGUAACCUGUAAAUUGGCUACCGUAUAUAGAGUAUCAUGCAUAAAAACGAUUUUUUGCCCUUUAUAUUUUUUUCAUAUCACUCGUUUUCACUCAAGUACCUCGAACUCCAAAUCAUUUUCCCCUGCCGCGACAUUGGACCCGCGACCGCGACUUUGGACCCGCGACCGCGACUUUGGACCCGCGACCGCGACUUUGGACCCACGACCGCGACAUUGGACCCGCGACCCGCGACCCGCGACUAUUAGUCAAACUCCAGGGAGAGGGAUUUAGUCUAUUGGUUCAUGUACUCUUUUGUUUCACCCUAGCUAAAAACAAAUCUUAGGGUAUCCUGGUGGUCAACCCUUAAAAAAGCCAAUAAUGAGUGCAAAAUGGGUUUGAAAUUUACACAAGAAAGUGAUAAAUUGCUCUGAUUUUAAUCAUUACAGUGAACGCUUGAUUAAACAACAGGCAGACCGCCUUGCUGAGGAUGGCUAUAAAGAUGCUGGGUAUGAGUAUGUCAGCAUUGAUGUGAGUGUUGCAAUAUUUUAUUAUUAACUAAGCUAGGAAGGAUGAUGGGGUAUAGUGCAGGAACUAAAGCCAGGAGAUUACGGGGACAGGAAUUCUAAAGUACAUGAAAUAUCAGGCAUGUGCCUAAAUCAUACCAUCCAAAUUAAAAAGAAGAGCCAAAGAGUACUAGGAACAAUUGACCAGAGCUGGGUCUGAAUGUCAACAAAUUUGAUUCUGAGUGUAUCAAGGAGGUUUAAUAUAUGCCAUCACAGCAAUUAUUGUCAGUAAUAAUGAUUUAAAUAAAUAAAUGUAGUAAAAUAAUGCUAUUCAAGGCAAGAAUUCAAUUGAUUUUUCAUUAAAACUUGUGAUAAGUUGAAAAGAAGUAGUUAGUGUACAGUUUACAAAUGGGUAAUUAAUAAACGAAUUUAAAGUUUAUAUGAUUUGAUUUUGUGUAAGGAAAAGGACCUGCCUGCAUGUGGGCACAACAGACACACAUACACACAUGAUUUGAAUGCUUAUAAAGUAAAACAAAUGUUUAAGUGUGCAGUCUUCCAACCUAUAAAUAUAUAAAUUAAUUAAUAAUAAUUCAUAAUGUGCGGUUCCAGAAAAUAUCCAUACCCCCCCCGCCCCACGGAAGGGAUCGGAUUUUCCAGGGGGGAGGGGGGGUCAAUUUGCCUAAUUUUCCAGUGGGGAGGGGGGGGGGUCACCAUAGGGAAAUAUUUCCAGAGGGUUCUCGUGACGCGUAAGAGAGUAACAAAGAAAAAACACAAAAAUUUACCACGACAAUUUAUUUGCGAAGAUAUAAAACACGACGAAAGUUAAAGAGCUACUAAACCUAUGGAUUAAUGGACAUAGCGAACAUAUUUUGUCAACGUCCCUUGGCGUGACCUCUCUCGCGAAAACGUUCCUUUCGAACGGAUUUGGUAUCCGUUUGAACGGCUUGGGGUAUCCGUUCAAAAACAAUUGUCAUCCGUUCGAACGGCUUGGGCUAUCCGUUUGAAAAAAAUUGUCAUCCGUUCGAACGGCUUGGGAUAUCCGUUUGAAAAAAUUGUUAUCCGUUCAAACGGCUCGGGCUAUCUGUUCGAAAAAGAAUUUGUCGACCGUUCGAGCGACUGAAGCUAUCUGUUGAAAGAUAAAUUUUAGCCGAGUUUCCAUCCCAAAACCAUUUCGUCGCUAGCCACUCGCGUCGAACGAUCUGUUAUUCUCCAGGUCACGUUACGAAGUUUGUUUACAAAAGCAUCAUAUAUGAAAUAGUUACGGAUCUCUGCUCCUUUGUAGCCAUCUUCGCUUUCAUAUUAUCAAUCGAUUAUCGACAGUAUCGACACACGUUUUAUUCAAUACUUAAGAUUUUUUUUCAACAAGUUUCCCGAAAAAAAUAUUUUUUAUCUUUUACGCUUUUGUAGUUUAUGAGCCAGUGGAACGAAACUUCAUUUUCCUUGCAUGUCGAAAACACAAAACACGAAAAAUAAAUUUUUUCAAUUGGUUGCAUUUCUUCUUCUCUUGACUGUUUCUCUAUCACAAACAAGUUACACGAGUCUUUUCCAGCACGUUAAAUUUUGCGUGACAAUUCAUCGGCGACGCGCAAUUUUACUGCAAACUCAAAUAUGUAAAUUUCGUAGAACGAAAUUCGAUACUCACACUGUCUUCUCGCGCCACGAGGUCCUGAUCUCUUUAAUUAUACUUCUUCAAGUGAUGCUUUCUUCGACUUCUUCUUGACGCAGUGCGAGAAAAGUACAGUUAUGUUUCCUACGCGACCUUGCAAUUCAUUUGCAGAAUUGUAGAAUUCAAUAGAAAUUACAUGAAACGCACAAAAUUUGUCUGUGACGUGAGCGCAUAAGGAGUUCACAUGAGGAAUUCGCUUAUCUGUUAUACAAUUCAACAGAAAAUAUACGAAACUCACAAAAUUUGGCAUCGUAGGGAACAAAACUACUUCCUUGUUCACUUCAAUUAGAGAUAGCAAAAUUUCCAGGGGGUGUACGAAAAUUUUGGAAAUUCCGGAGGGGAGGGGGGGUCAUACGGCAAAUCCCUUCCGUGGGGGGGUAUGGAUAUUUUCUGGAACCACACAAUAUAUUUAAUUAACGGCUAUGGCAGUGAUUUUGUUACAAAUAGUUAUGGUGAGUCCUAGGACUCAUCUUGCGAACAAAUCAUGAGUCCCACUACAGAAUCAUUGAGUCCCUGUUCAAAAAAUAACAAGUCCUAAAUUGAAAAUGCUUGGCCCUUUAUGUGACCAGAUAGAUAAAAUAUAUUCUUUUGUAAACCACACUGAAAACUAAAAGAAAUAUGCGUGGUUAAACAACAGACACAAGAACAGCCACAGAAAUCACACGAACAGGAUAUUCUACAAAAACAUCCUCAGAUCGAUCAGUUGAUCAAUAUUUGCAUCCUACGGGAUGCAUGCCAUGAACUUUUGUGCAUCUUUGGAGAUUUUUAUGCAUCAGGGACACAGGAUGCAGAGUUAACAAAAUUAUACUGCUAUGACUGACUUUUUUUAGGACUGUUGGUCAAACAAGAAACGAGACCCUCGUGGUAGUCUUCGGCCAGACAGGACCAGAUUCCCCAGUGGAAUGAAGGCCCUUGCAGACUAUGUGAGAUGUUUAAUAUAUAGUACAUUAUUAAUUUUGUGUAUAUAGUUAAGGUAAUUCCCAUCAAAAGGACAUUUCAUGCUGGUUUUUUACCCUAUGUGCCUGUUUAUGUAAGUGAAGUUGCAAUGAACGUUAUGCGCACUAAGUGAUGUGCAGUGCAAAACAAGGGAACUACCUUAAGUAGUUUUCUACCUUUUGACUGCAGAUGUACUGUGGGUUUAUCAUUAGUUAGGGGAAUGGGGCGGUGGUACAUACUCAAGAAGGUUUUGGGUGGCUGUAUCUUGCAAAGGUCUCUAAAUUUGCACUCCAUUUUAAAGGAUUUGCAUUGAAGGCAAAGCUACAUGUAUGUUUAAGAGUUACAGUAGAUAGUAGAAAAGGCAUACAUGGGCCAAGGAGGUGCAAAGAUGGCUGUAGUGUUAUCCCUGAUUUGAAUUGUUAAUAUGUUAGCACCAAGAAGUUUUGCAACUCUUCCAUGGAGGGGAUGCUAGUCCAUAAUUGCAGGGUUCUCCCUUGAGCAGCUGGUUUCCAGUAUCCAUUUUUAAAUAAGAAUUUAAAAUAUAAACACCUGGGUGGAGAAAGAUAAGGUGGAGCAACGAUUUUUGUCUCAGGAAACAGUGACUUAGUGAUUUCUAUAUAUUUAUUUCCUAGCUUAAUACUAUGAAUUUGUGUUUCCAAAAACUGGUAUAAUAAUUAUGCCCUGUUCUAGAUGUCUCAGGUGGUGUAUCCUGUCUAGAUCAAACUCCCCACAGAGGUCAGCAAGCCAUAUCACUGUAUAUAAGCACAGUGAGGGAGAACCCUCCCGCCUGGAUUAAGUGCAGUGAAGGUGUUUGCAAAAUCAAAUAAAUUAUUACCCCUGAGAACAUGAAUUUCCUUGGCAAAAACGUUUUGUACUCUAUUUUGAUAUUAAUUGUCUGUAAAUCAAAACAAUUUGAUAUUCCAAAUUAAUUAAAAUAUAUUUUUGUUUAAGAGUUGCAGCACUCUUAGGUUUUGUGAUUUUGCUAAUUGUUUUACUCUUGUGAUACACAGUUGCAUGGCAAAGGACUGAAACUUGGAUUGUAUGCCGGUAUGUGUCAUUUACUUAUCAAAAUGUUAAUGAGAAAGCUGAAUCAAGAACUUAUCAUUAGCCAUCCCCCCCAGCUUUAAACCAGGGGUCAUCUGGUGGCCUUGUCCAAUUCUGUGAUUUUGAAAAGCAGAAUCUCGUCAGUAUUUUGAGAGUUAGAAUCACGCCAGUCUAGUCAUAUGAGAAAAAGGGUGGCUUAAGAAAUAGCUUUUAGUUGUAUUUAAAUUAAUUAUCUUUUUAUUUGUGGAUCAGAUUAUGGUUUUCUGACAUGUGGUGGUUAUCCAGGAAGUAUUGAACACAUUGAACAGGAUGCAAAGGUAAAAUAUUGAAUUUAAAAUAUAUUUUUAAACACACUUUUGAGCCCUUCAAAUAUUACUGUAUGUUACUUGUUUAUUACCUCAGAUAGUUUACCCAGGGGCAGAAUUGCUGAGACUUACAAAACUGGAGGAAGGAGGGUAAUGGUAAUCUACAGAAAAAAGAUUCAGUUAUUGAGGAUGUAGUGUUUUCAGUUGCUUUUUAUGUAAUGUAGGAAAACAUAAAACCGGGCUUUAGAAAUUCAUAUUAAGUUGAAGAAGAAAAAGCUGACACUUUGCCUUUUUAUUGAUAACACAGACCUUUGCCAGCUGGGAAAUUGACUACCUCAAAGUUGAUGGUUGCUUUUCUGACCCAUCUACGUUUGAUGUCAGUUACCCCAAGUUCACAGAGGCUCUAAAUGCAACUGGACGGCCAAUCCUACUAAGUUGUGAAUGACCAGAUUACCAGCAAAAAAUUGGCAUCAAGGUGUGUAAAUCAAACAGUCAGAUGCAGGGCGGUAAAGUAGAGCUAAUUGGGAGCAUGACAUCCAACAAGAUUAAUUAAUUUCUUUAAAAUACUUUUUCAGAAGGUGUUAAUAAUUAACUAGAAUUCGAACAUCUUCUCUAUUAGCAUAUUUUUCAUAAACAGUAAAAACCUCAUCUGCAUGUAACAAGAGAAAAAUCAAGUCCUUUGAAUGCUUUACAAGUAUUUCUGAGACCGCCCCCUGUGAUAAAUCACUAAUGAAUAUAAGUCCUGCUUUGUAAGGGACUUGGCUUGCUCCUUCUUUUUUUUCAGGGAUUUACCAACAUCCACCAUCAAAAAGAUAAUAAUUAUACAUAUUCUGUAUCAGCCUCUCACCACACUUCUUUCAGUGGGAAUUUAAGUUUUAUUACUUUUAUUUGCUUCAUUUAUGUUUUCUGAUCCCUUCCUCUCCCUAAGAAUUUUCAAUGCAUGUCCUCAGUGGACCUAAAAGUAUGUUUUGUCACCAACAACUGCAUAUUCAAUAAUUAUUUGUCAUCUUCUGGAAAUUUUAAAAGAUAAAAACUUUUUAGCAAUUAUGAUUAUAGUAGGCAGCAUGGCUGAGUGGUCAGUGUGUCGGACUUGCAAUUACCUGGUGGUCCCGCUCUGGUCUCUGGCUAAGCCGGAUUUUAAAUCCUUGGCCACUCUUGUAAAUAGCCAAUUGGUUGUCUCCUGGCAGUUGGGGUUUUUAAUCUUGUUACGCUUAAUUAAUUAUAUUUGAAUUAUUUGUUUCUAAUUAUUUGAGUGGAAUGCCUGUAAACUAGCUGGAUAAAUGAGAUCAACUAUAAACAAACCUUUAACCUUCUUUUUUAAACUUUUAAUACUAUUAUUCAGUUGGACAAAACCUUCUGGUUUAACACCUAUUUAACAUCUCUAAAACAUAGUUUGUUUUAAUUUAGCUUAUAUAAGAGUUCUCUCUCAUUACAGCCUGACUAUGCUGCUAUAGCUAGAAACUGUAACACCUGGAGAAAUUAUCAUGAUGUUCAGGUUGGGUGUUAAUAUUUUAUCAUUUAAUGUUUUUGGUUAGCUGAAUUUGGUUUUCAAUGCCGUAUUUAGUGAUUGCCAGAAUGGGACUGUUUAAUAAUGAGAAACACAUGAUUAAUGACACGUUGUGGGUUGAGUGCAAAUGAAAAGGUCUCCAGAUUAAAGUUCUUCAGAGGUUGGCCUUCUUUGUACUCAUGACACUUUGCUGUUGGCAGUCUAAGAACAUUAAUUUUCAUUUGCUCAUGUUUAAGUUUUGAUACAAAGCAAGAUGAAAAAACCCUGAAUACCAACUUGACGUAAAUAGUAUAUAUACAUGUAUCACUGACAUUAAUUUUUGAAAUUGCAGGACAAAUGGUCAAAUGUCUUACGCACUGUUGAUCACUUUGCUGAAAAGCAAGACACUUUUACAGCAGCAGCAGGACCUGGCCACUGGAAUGAUCCAGAUAUGGUGAGAAUACUGUGUACAGUCAUUCUGAGUCUUCUCUGAGGCAGGGGCGGGGGACAGCCGGGUCAAAAGUUACAAUGGAGGUGAAAAGUCUCACUUAAGGUGACUCGACCCAGUUUUUUUUUUGGGGGGGGGGUACCAUCCUACUUUGAAGCUCUCUGGUAUCCCCACCUUUACUUUUAUCGUAAGUCUAACACAUAGAAUGGAUAACAUGUAGAUCAAUCUACAAUAUAACAUAAAAUUUUUGGCGAUCGGAGUAAAUGUCACGUGGUUAUAAUGCCACGCCCCUUUGAGGUCUGAGUCAAAAAUCUGCUGUUGCCGGCAUUUUUUCGUGAAAAUCUCUCGGCUACACAUAGUGCGCAUUUAAUAGUGCCUUGCGCUGAACAGAGUUUCACCAAAAUCACAAAGACCCAAUUCAAGAAAUUCAGCGGUUUCCAAAUUUAGGUCAUAAUUCCCCGAGCAGGCACCCUAGUAACUCGCGCGUAUAUUAAGGACAGUACUUACAGUUCAAAUAUACAGUCAGUAUAUUAGAAAAAAAUUUCGAUUUGCUCAAACUGGGGCCGCGAGGAAUUGGUAGGUAAUGAUGACGUUUCUAUUGUUUGCGCCCGCAAGUACGAAAUGGAUAGGAUGACGUAAAGACAGAAAAUCCCGAAGGGACCGCUCAGGUAGAUUUUGUGACAUUUAUUGUGCAGUCAUACUUCGAUACUCUUUUGCGCCGUUACGCAGUGACAUUCUGUGGAGCAGUUGUUUUGAAAGUUAUGGACCAAAAGACAGUCGUUAAGCGCAGGGGAGGUUAUAAGGGGGCGUCGAUAAAACCCGGAACAUGGAACAUCCCGGAACAUUCCGGAACAUCCCGGAACAUCCCGGAACAUGCAAAAAUAAAAAAUAAUUUUCAUGAAAAAAAAUUAAUUAAAUAAAAUGAUAAUAAUAACAUAGUUUUUGUAAAAAUUAAUAAUAACAAAAUAACAUAAAAUAACCAAAAAAGAGAGAAAAAAAAAACACCAAAAAUAAAGAAAUGAUUAAGAAAAAGAAACUCAUCUCCGAGUAUGAGAAACAAUAUUUUGUCGCAAAUAAUUUGUUGGGCGAGUGAGGGUCCAUGCAAAUGACAGUAAUGAGUGAAGGCUUGCUUCUAAAUUCAAAAUAUAUUAAAAUGGGUAGCGAGGGGGGGAAUUUUCAAGCUUUAUUGACACAGCUACCUCUUGUAAAUGUUUGCCAUGACGGCUUUGCGACUGUAAGAAGAGCUUUGGGGUAGGCUUUUGUACGUUAUGCUAGCAUUUUUUUGAGCAUUUUAGUGAGGCAAAAGCAUUGAGCAUUAUUCGAGCAUUUUAGUAGCCUUUUGCCCGGAAAAUUAAUUUUUGCGAGAAAAUAAAAUAGAAAUUAACUUUUUUCAGGAGCCCAAGCCCCAUGAGCUCCUGCUUUUUUAAACAAAAUGAAGACUAAAAUUCAAAAUUCACAAAAAAACCUAAUACAGCCAGUUUUUUGGCUGUAUUUAUGAACUUGUACACGUUGUCGUUGUUACUUGCAACACUUGAACGUUUUUGUAAGUGUAAACUUUGAAAUUAAUUUUAAAAAAACCGUUUGGGGGCUCGUCACUUUGGACUUUAGUAACUUAAUUACCGACUCGGCUAGACAUGCCAUACUGCACCGACAUUUCAGACCAUCGCAGAACCGUAAAUGGUUAACCGCCAAAUGAUUAACUCAUGGCAAACAAUUACAAGAGGUAGCUGUGUGAGUAAAGCUUGAAAACCCCCCUCCUCGCGACCCAUUUUAAUAUAUUUUGAAUUUAGAAGGAAGCCUUCACUCAUUUCUGUCAUUUGCAUGGACCUUCACUCGCCCAACAAAUUAUUUGCGACAAAAUAUUGUUUUCUCAUACUCGGAGAUGAGUUUCUUUUUCUUAAUCAUUUAUUUGUUUAUUUAUAUUUUGUUAUUUUAUGUUAUUUUGUUAUUAUUAAUUUUUACAAACACUAUGUUAUUAUUAUCAUUUUAUUUACUUAAUUUUUUUUUUCAUGAAAAUUACUUUUAUUUUUUCAUGUUCCGGGAUGUUCCGGGAUGUUCCGGCAUGUUCCGGAAUGUUCCGGAAUGUUCCAUGUUCCUGGUUUUAUCGACGCCCGUUAUAAGGUGCGUUUAACUGUGUAUAUAUAAACACUUGGAGAAUUUGCCAGACCUUUGAUUUAUAUUGGAAACCUUGCCAGACACUCUUUCUAUCUCUUUGACCGGAAUAAGACUCAGCCCCAAACAAGCAAGACGAGUGAACAAAGGCUAGCUUAUCUGUCUAGCAGAUUGAUGGACAUUUACGGAAAAUCGUCGACAAUCAAAUUCUGUGCUGACUUAUUCCCUGCUCACAGAUGUUCUUCCGUUAUAAAGUUUCAAAUAAGACUAGAAUGCGCUAGCGUGAAUCGAUCAAACGUCCUUUUAAUUUCUAAGGCUUACUUUUCGGCAAAUCAAAUGAACUGAAUGUAAAAAGGGAAAGAGAAAUAACAAAAAAUUCAACUUCUAAUUAAAUCUUUUCUUAUGGUUUAGAAUAAACUAUUCUCGAAACUGAGAAUGUUUUGAUCAAAGCUGUGUAAAUCGAGCUGAAACUGUGCAUGGAACCUUGCGUUUCCUGUAUUUAUCUCACCUAUAUGUAUGGAAUAUGUGUGAAAAACUUAAUAAUGAAAAAACUUGAUAAUGUCACAGUUUUUCAAUGACCAUUAAAUUCAGAAUCCGGGUAGUUAGUUAAUCAAUUGUGGCCCUGAAAAAAUUUGAAGGAAAAAAAACUACGAAUUUUUAAGAAAAUGCUUUUUUCGUGAGAAGGACUCUUAAACGCUGACAAACGUCAACAAAUAGCUAAAACUAUAAUUUCUAUAUGUUUGCUUUGCUCGAAAUCGCGCGCAUUUACAAGCCCCUAAAGCUUUUUGCUGACUUGCAAGGACCCAUCUGUUAUAACGAUCCCCAAAAUAAAGGGUUAAGUCUCAUAGUUUAUAAGAUAUAAUCGUGUAAAGUUUGCUUAUCAUUUUCGCAUGAAUUAUGACCUAAAUUCGGAAACCGCUGAAUUUCUGGAAUUGGGUCUUUGCGAUUUUGGUGAAACUCUGUUCAGCGCAAGGCGCUAAUGCGCACUAUGUGUAGCCGAGAGAUUUUCACGAAAAAAUGCCGGCAACAGCAGAUUUUCGACUCAGACCUCAAAGGGGCGUGGCAUUAUAACCACAUGAUAUUACUCCGAUCGCCAAAAAUUUUAUGUUAUAUUGUAGAUUGAUCUAUAUGUUAUCUAUUCUGUGCAUGUUAGACUUACGAUAAAAGUAAAGGUGGGGAUACCAGAGAGCUUCAAAGUAGGAUGGUACCCCCCGAAAAAAACUGGGUCGAGUCACCUUAAGAUCACUUAACUAGGAGGACUUGCCACUUCUCCUCUUCGGCCCCCAAAUAAUGUUGAAUUUUCAGGAAGAUGGGUACAGAUAAGUUUGAAAAACUGGGGGGUUUUUGGCUUUUAUGCAUCACAUGCCUAAACAUGGUCAAGAUGAAAAGAGUUGAGUUAGGCAGGUUACCUUAUCCACCUAAGGUCCCUGUGACUUCCGUGUUAACCUUUUAAGUCCCAAUGGUGACCAACAUCAAUUUUCUCCUAACAAUAUCCAUACAUUGUCAAGAGAUUAGGUUAUGAGAAUUAACAAAUAAUCACCAAAGAGAAAAUGCUUUGAUCUUUUCUUAAAUUCUCUCAACUAAUUCUUAAAGGAAAUGCAUAAGGAUCAGUUUGGAGAAUUUGUAUGUUGAUAUUGGGACUUAACAGUCACAAUGUAAACUGGUUUUUAUCAUGAUGCAAUGAUUCACACUGUAUUUGCUAUCUAAAAUGUGUGAUAGAGCGUGUAGGUUUUGCUUUUGCUAGCAUGUUAAGCUGUCAGUGGGAGAAUCACACUUUUAAAUAUUAUUAUAUUUCUUCUCUCCAUACAGCUUAUAGUUGGUGAUUUUGGGCUGAAUUUCGAACAGUCAAAAGCACAAUUUGGUCUUUGGUCAAUCCUAGCUGCAGUAAGUUUUAAGAAUGUGUGAGCAUUAUAUUUUCAGUCAGAAUGAGUUUGUUUGAUAUAAUUCAUCAAGGAGGAUUAAGUAUUCUAUAUGUGUUUCAUAACAUGGCUCUCUAGAGAGUUUUCAAAAUAAUAAAAUAUUUCAAUGUCACUGCUGUUGAUUUCUACUCAUUACUUUUUUCUUUUACUGUGUGAUGAUAUCAGUGAUAGUUUAAAGCUCAUUAUCUGCACAGAAAUUUUUCAUGACUGCAAAAACAAAAUGAAAUAAUUAUUAUAAUUUUACAAUUAUAAUAAUUACUUUAUGUAAAUAUUUUUAAAGUAAUUUUUAAGAAUAAUAAUUUGGCUUUAAUUUUUUUAAUAUUUUUAUAAGCUGGGAACAGUACAAUCAUUUGUGCCACUAUCAUCUUUUUUUAUCUUCAGCCUCUUGUUAUGUCCAAUGAUUUAAGGAGUAUUUCAACACAGGCCAAAGAUAUUCUUCUGAACAGGUAAAAGUAUUUUAAUUAACUAAGCAUGAAACAAUGAUGAGCAGUUUUGAAAAUCUGAAAAUGUACUGGCAGUUGUCUCCAUUCACAGAUGCACUGUUUCUAUUUCUUUCAAACAAUAAUCAGAGAGUACUUACAGAGCUCCUGGAGAAGGAACAUAAAUUUGAAUUCAAUUUUCACUAUAAUAAUUAUUUUCACUAUAAAUAAUUAUAAUUAUUAUUCCCCUUUCCUUUCAGAGAAGUAAUUGCUGUUGAUCAAGACAAGCUUGGAAUAAUGGGUCGGAGAGUGGUGUGUAUGAUUCUCCCAUUAGUUGUUUGAUUACAAAAUGAAAAAUAACAUAACAGAGUAUUGCUUAACUCUCCCUUUUGUCUCCUCAGAUGAAACAAAACACUUCGGAAGUGUGGUCACGACCUCUUUCAGACGGCAGUGUUGCUGUUUUGUUAUUCAAUCGCAAAUCUGAUGCAGCUAUUAUAGAAGCAGAUUUUAAGCUGGUAUGUAUCAACUGUUGAUGAUAGAGAUGGUGAUGCUUGAUGAUAGUAAUAAUGGUGAUGAUAAGUCUGAUAUUGAUGAUAAUGUCAAAUGUGGCAAAGGACAAGGCAAAUGAUAAUCUAGACUAGCCCACAAGUAGACUUUUUGAGCCACGAAGUCAAAGAUUGAGCAAACAUCAAAAGAUGUGACUAGUUUAUUUGUCUUGCCUACAGUGAUUCAAAUUAAUUUAAUAUGCAUAUUGUGGGGCAAAAAUGUUUCAGAGUCUCAGUUAUCGAUGACUGGCAAGUACAGCUGGCAAGUGCAACACCAAAUUUGAAGGAAGUAGUGUGUCUUUUGUACACAGAGUGUCCUGAACUCAUCAGGCAAGAAAUUUCAGUUUCCCUCCUGACUGACCACCCGUUAAAACAGACUUUUAGGAAGUCUAAUGAUGAUGAUGAUGAUGAUGAUGGUUAAGUACAUAGUAAUGGUGAUUGAGGGUGAUGAUGAGUGUUAGUGUCAGUGGCAAUGAUGGUUGUUUGGACAGAGCAGAAGUGUACCAUUUUUUUGACUGCCUGUUUCAUUCAAAUCGAAUCAGAAUCAGAUUAAAGUCAGCUAAGGACAAGGCAUCAUUCACAUAAAAUAUCACUUGAGAUUUCAAGAAACAGAACAGUCACAUUCCUACAAGCCAACAUUAAAUCAUCUAGUUUUCUCACUCUCAGGUCUAGGCUGCAAAAAAAAAAUCAAAACCAUACCCAUUGUUCUCACAUCCCCUUUCUUUUUUGGUUUUGCAGAUCGGAAUUACAUCAAGCACAGCCAAGGCUAGAGACCUGUUUGCUCAUAAAGACCUGGGAAAGUUUACAAAGUUCUUUAGUUCCAAAGUUAACCCAACAGGGGUGGUGAUGGUUAAAUUGACUCCAGUUGAAGAUGUUUUUUACAGAGAGCUGAGAUUCAUUUGAAAUAAAAGGCUUUGUUUAUCGCCUUUACAGUUUUUUUUUAACUUGUGGAUGAAAUCUGAAACUGUGACCUCUCUUAAGCAAGCAAUGGAGCAGUAUUUUUCUUUAGUUGUCUAGUUUAUAAUAGCUGUAGCUCUAUUUGUUUUAAAACAAUAAAUUAACACUGAUCAAUUCAACAGAGAUGGCUAUUUUACUAAUUUUUGGGUCUGUGGAUGAGAUCCUAAACAAAGUUUUAAUAAUUUAGUGUCAAACAUUCAGAUGAUGGCUUUGGAGUAGGAAUUGAUGAUGAUCCUGCUGAUAAAAUUUAAUUUUAUGUAGUCACUUAUUAAAAGAAAGUUUACAGUGUUGUUAUAGCAAAACAGAAAGAGGGGGAAAGUAUUUUUUUGUGUCAAAAUCCAAGUAGCAGCUAACACACUCUAUUCGUCUAGGCACAUUGACUAAGACAUCUACUUCUGUAAUA